GCACGUUGGCGCCCGGAGCCUAGAAAAAGUGCUGCUAAGAUAGGGUUAUUAUUGGCCAACAAUGAGGGCUGAUGCUGGGAAGCAUGUGGCCGAAUGCCACCAAUGUCAAAUCCAUGCCAACGACAUACAUGUGCCGGCUGCACCCAUGCAGGGGAACGUAGGCGCCUGGCCGUUCGCACAAUGGGGGAUGGAUCUUCUGGGACCCUUCCCCAAGGCGCCCGGACAAUUUAAGUACUUGAUUGUGGCUAUUGACUAUUUUACCAAGUGGAUUGAGGCGGAACCCUUGGCAUCCAUCACGGAAGUGCAAGUGCAGAAGUUUACAAGAAAGAACAUCUUCACAAGGUUCGGGCUGCCGGAGUCGAUCAUCACCGAUCAUGGCAAGCAAUUUGAUUGCAAGAAAUUUAUCGACUUCUGCAACGAAAAUGGAGUGGUCCUGAGAUUCUCUUCUGUGGCUUAUCCGCAAGAAAACGGGCAAGCUGAAGCGGCCAACAAAAUUAUAUUGCAUGGGCUGCAUACCAGGCUCGAAGAAGCUAAGGGGAACUGGGUGGAGGAGCUUCCAAGCGUCUUGUGGGCGCACAGGACCACCUUCAAAGUUGCAACAGGGGAAACACCUUUCGCACUGACGUAUGGCAGUGAAGCGGUGUUACCAGUGGAGGUUCGCAUUCCGACCUUUCGAAUGGCGCAUAAGGGGGAGGCAAUGGAGGAACAUGAGCGGAUCAAUGAGUUGGAUCUCCUCGAUGAGCAUCGCGAAAGGGCGGCUCUGCGCCUGGAAGCAAUGAAGUCGCAAGUAUCCCGAUAUUAUAACAAGAAGAUGCGCCCGCAUGACAUUGUGGCUGGGAGCUUGGUGCUGAAGCGCGACUUUCGCCCAAAAGCCACUGAUGGUAAGUUGGCACCAAAGUGGAAGGGGCCAUAUCGCGUGCAAGAGGUAGUUGGGCCGGGCACAUUUAAGCUGGAGCAUCUAUCGGGAAAAAAGGUAAAAAGGACUUGGAAUGCCCAAAACUUACGAAGGUAUGGAUUUGUGGAGGCCAAUGUGACAGGAGAAGAUGGCGGGGUGCCGGAACAGGCACCUAGCAGUUGGUAGUUGCAAGGGAAAGCGUCAAGCCUUGGGGUGUUUUUUGGUAGGAGUAGGGAGAAGCGCCGAGAUCGCCAGUAGUAUUUUAAAGCGCCCUUAUGCGUCCGUAACAUUUAUGUAAAGCGCCCUUCAGCGCCCGGUAAUAGCGCCUCAAGGUUGUUUAUGGUUUUUGAAAUCGGAAUAUAUAUAUACUUAGGUA